UGUUGGAAGACAAUUUUUUCGGAGCGGUGUUUUGGUUGGAUCGCUUUAUCUUCGACUUCGGGUCCGAAAAAUGAAUUUCGGUUUCUCACUCCUCCAGUCCUAGAGAGAGAAACUUCAGUACCGGAGAGAGAGAGAGAUAGCCAUUUGCGACGUCGUUUUGGAGCUUAAGCAACUGCUGUGUGAAUUGGGAGCUGCGAAGAAGCAGAACGGCGCCGUACUGUCCGCGAUUUUGAAGAACCCUAAUUCUCCUGGCUUGGAUCACAGCGACAGUUUGGAGAGUGCCCAGAAUUGGCGGGAUAAGGGUGCCGUAUGCAUAAUGGUCUCAUAUAUAGUCGUAGCUAUUUUUCACAGAAACAAUUAGCUGAGAAAAUUUGGUGCCUGGGAAUUUAAUGCCUGGUAACGAAAUUGAAGGCAGGAUCCAUAAUUUUUAUCAGCUAGACAACUAUUCCCGUCAAUCUCAAGUUGCAGACAGUAAUUGGCCUGCGCAUAUAUAUAAUCAAUGGCAGGGAAAACAAAGAGAGACGAGUAAUGUACAGCAACUAGAUUCUGGGAGAGGACGGGGCGGUGAGUCCUUGAGGUUUGAUAAAAACUAUUCACAGUUGUCUCAGAGACCGGAAUUGUCUAGAAACCAACUUCUGGAGACGAAUGAGUUUAUGCUUGGACAGCAGGAUUUGCAGGAAAGCCAGUUUUUUGGUGAUAGCUCAGUUUUCAUUCCACAUACUUUAACCUCAAGAGGCUUAUCUUUCCUUCAAUCAGAGCAAGAAAAUGCAUCAUGCGAUAGUCCCACUUUGACUACCAAUUCAGAAAGGUCUGAAAUUACUGAAGCUUCCAGCGAGUUUAACUUCGUUGGAAGGCAGCAACAACUUGUGAGGGGACAACAACAAGGCAUUCCACAGCUUCACUCGAUGCAGCAGUCUGGGUACAAUGACAUGCAGAUGUUGCAGCAGCACCUGAUGUUUAAGAAACUGCAAGAACUUCAGAGGCAGCAGCAAGUACAACAGUUCGGUGAUGCAAGGCAACAUAAUGCAGUAAAUCAGCUCUCUGCAAUCAAUAAGCAGGGUUCUGGGGUUCAUUUUUCACCACUAAUCAAUGGAACACCCGUUAAUGAUACGCCACAAAUGUUUAUGAAUUGGGUGCAGCGGGGUGGAUCGCCAGCAGGACAAAAUGUUUCUAAUAGAGUUAUUUUUUCUCAAGAGCAAGGUCAAACUUUGAGCUCAAUGGGUCUUACUUCUCAGCAGUUUGAUGUAUCUUUAUAUGGUACUCCUGUUGCUAGUGGAAGAGGGACUAUGAAUCAGUACCAUCUCCCGGCAAUGUCUCAGGAUUCUGAAAAUUUGUUGACCAAGGCUAAUGAUCAAAUGCAGAAGCCUGCUAUGCAGUCAUCAGCCUUCAGUAAUCCCUUUGUAGGUGAUCAUUGUAUGACUGCUUCUCCGGACCAGAUUUGCUCACCUCAAGGGGGUUUCGUAUCCCGACAAGACUUUCAGGGAAAAAAUGUAUUUGGACACGUUACUACUCAGGGUUCAAAUUGUGAAUCCCCAUUGGGUAACCUCCAGCUAGGGAAUACCUUGCAAACAAAUACAUCACUUCAAGAACUCAGUGGAAAGCAAGAUCAAGCUGGCUGGCUGGGAACCUUUCAGCAAAAAACAAUGCAGCAUGGCCCUUCACAGGGUUUGGUUCCCCUUGAUCCAAUGGAAGAGAAGAUUUUGUUUAACAUGGAUGAUAGUACUUGGGAUCCUUCUAUGGUAAAGCACAGUGAUAUUGGGGCUGGAGGCUUUGGAGAUGCAUUCGAAAGUUCAUUUCCUUCUCUCCAAAGUGGAAGCUGGAGCGCGCUUAUGCAGUCUGCUGUAGCAGAAGCUUCUAGUAGUGAUACUGGCCAACAAGAGGAGUGGAGUGGUUUGACUUUUCAGAAUACCGAGCUGUCAACCGGUAAUCAGCCUUCAAACAUCGUGGACAAUGAGAACCAACAAGGAAGUUGGGCUGAUAACAAUCUGCAGAGUGUCUCUUCCUUAAGUUCAAAACCUUUUCCCAUGCUUAAUGACUCAAGUGUUAAUUCUAGCUUCCCCGGCUUUCCGCAGCCAGACAUCCAAUUCACAUCUGAGCAUCGAGAAGGGAUUUACCAGGAUGAAUCUCAUGAAUCCAAUCAGAAGUCUCCCAAAAACUCUAACGAGUGGUUGGAUUGUAACCCUCAGAAGGUUCAGCCACAUAUGUGUUUGGACGGCAUAUGGACCAGUCAAAGCAGUAAACCAGAAGGUGAUAUUAAUGAAGGCACGUACAAUAGGAACUCUGAGAGUCAUAUGUGGAAUAGGGAAGGUGAUUCCAGGGUAACUUCAUUUUCCAGACCAACUGGACAAUUGGAGCAAGUACAAUUGGGCUCAGAGGAUACUCUCAGGAACAGAGAAAAUUCAAAUAUUUUUAACUUUCAUUCCGUGCAAAAUUCACACAUGACUAAUGUCCAUCAGGAAACCAGUCACCAAGUCCAAUAUAAUAAUAAGCUUGAUUACGGGAAACAUUUUAUAUCUAGCAACAAGGAGGAUAAUGAGGCCAUUGGAGAAAAACAGCGUCAAAUGAGUGACAGCUCUCGUGUUAUGCGUAACUCUUAUGGGAGGGAAGGUGGAACAUAUGAGCAGCAGCAAAAUUGCUACCAGAGGGACAACUCAUAUGACCGGAAAUCAGAGGAUUCUAAUGGCAUGCGUGUGACCGCACAAACAAGGGUUUACCAGUCGAAGGAGAAUAGUUCUAUCGCACAGUUUGGCCCUUCUGGAUUUAAUCCAUUAUCUGAGGGUAUGAUCCAACCAGCUACUAAUUCCAAUCAAAUGCAAAUGGAUUCUAGUUUAAGAGAGAAAAAUCAGACCUGGUCUACUCCGUCCCCUUCUCAAUCUUUGCCCCAAUCACAUGAAUCAUCACCAAGAUCCCGUUGGGAUGAUAAAUUUAGUAUCGGUGGACAAUCGAGCAUCCCUGCAUCCUAUAUGCAUGGAAGCUCUAUUGCAGAAAUUACAUCCAGUCCUACAUUUUCAAGGAAUCAGCUUCAAACGCAGCAUCUGUUUAAUGUACCUGGUCCAUCUAAUCAGACAACAUUAACUGGUUCUGCUGCAAGACAUCCACCUUCCAACCUUGCUCUAACUCAAGAUAUUUCUCAGCAGUCUUUUGUCAACUCUGGUGGUCAACAAUUCCCUGUUCUUGAAGCUGCUCCAGUUUCUCAGCCUCCUUUUAUGUCAGGCAUACCUGCACGGGGUGGAGUAUCAGUGAAGCCACAGAGUUUAUGGACAAAUAACCCAAGUCAGCAACAUCUUUCUGGCAUGGAAACUACUUCGUUGGCUUCGAAGGAGCUAAAUGGUCUGAAUACCCAGGAUGGUGGAUAUGGGUCAUCCGAGUUUGGCCAUUCCUCUACAAGUUUACAAGGCUUCAUUUCUGCACAAGAGCAGCAAGGGAAAGAGAGGAUGCUUGAUGCUUCACAGACAGGGGUAAGGAAUGUCUCCGAUCCUAGUGCUUUUGCCUCUGGUUCAUUGUUGAAUCAUUCGCAACUGCAGGAUCUUGGUGGAAUACAACAUAGCAACAACAAUGGCCUGGCUCCCUCUGCAAGAAAUCUUGGAUUUCUUGGCCAUGCUUUAAAACAUUCACAUGGAUUUCAUCAUGACUACUCCCGGCUACACCAAGUGCAGGCUACAAAGAAUGAAGAGGCCGAUCCAAGUAGGAGGGAUCUGGAUGUACAACAGGUAACUGCUAUGGAAGGACAGCAGUCAAUUUAUGGUCAUAACAAUGAUGGUGAACUGAAUUCUACACCAGCUCACAAGUUAUCGCCACUUGGAAAUUCCAAUGCACCAAGUUUCCUGGCAGAUGCAAGAGAAGGUCCAAGUGUAAAAACUUCUUCACAAGCUGCUUUCCAAGCCCAAGGCAUGGUUGCAUUUGGUGAAAGUGAUUCUCAGAGUCAAUCUACUGGCAAUAAUGUGUUAUCUCAUAAUGGUGAAACUUCUCGGGUGAAUCUAAGCAUGGCAUCGAACUGGUUUAAACAGUAUGGGACUUUCAGAAAUGGGCAGAUGCAACCAAUGUAUGAUGCAAGGCCUGCUACGGGGCAGUUCUCACUCAUGAAGCCUUCUCAGAGCCUAAACAUACAUUCUUCUGUGGAACAGAUAGAUGCUUCUAAUGCUAGUCAAAGCAACAGAGACUGGCCAAGUACAGCGACGAAUUUGAUAACAAGUGAACCCUUCAUAUAUCCUUGUGUGUUACCUUCAGAUGCCAUUGAUGAAAGUAUGGGUAUUGUGAGACCAAAGAAACGCAAAAUUGAAACAUCAGAACUUCUACCAUGGCACAAAGUGACACAAGGUUCCAAAAGGGUUCAAGAUGUCGGUAUGGCAGAGCAAGAAUGGGCCUUGGCAUGCAAUCGGCUAAUUGAGAAAGUUGGACAUGAAUUUGAAAUGAUUGAAGAUGGACGUCCGAUCCUUCGAUCUAAGAGAAGGCUUAUCUUCACAACACAGUUUCUGCAGCAAUUGCUCAGCCCUGCACCAGCAUCCAUUCUCUCAGCAGAUGCUGCACUGUACUAUGAUAGUGUGACAUAUUUUGUUGCUAAAUUAUCAUUAGGAGAUGCAUGCACCCUGACCUGCAGCAAAAGAAAUAGUAUUCAUGCGCCACUGAACGACAGUGAUAUGAUUGCGGAAAAGCCUAAAGUUUCUGAAAAUAUUGAUGAGCAAUACUUGUCAAAAGCUGUGGAAGAGUUCAUGAAUAGAUCGGAGAAGCUGGAAAAUGACUUACUAAGGUUAGACAAGGUAUCAAUUCUAGACUUAAGACUGGAAUGCCAGGAGUUGGAAAGAUUUUCCGUCAUCAACCGGUUUGCCAGGUUCCAUAUCCCCCAAGCAGCUACGUCUGGGGUCUCUUCUUCAUCCGGUACAGUUCCAACUGCACCAAAACCAUUUCCCCAACGAUAUGUCACUGGACAGCCACUGCCAAGACAUCUACCAGAAGGGGUUCAUUGUCUUUCACUGUGAUUCUGAAUUGAGUGCUCCUCCCGCCUGAAUGCUCUCCCCUUUUCAUCCAUAUGCAUUCCAUAUCCCGCUCGUGCACCCGUUUAUGAUCGCUUUUACUGACAUAUAUGCUGGCAUUGAAGAAAGAAGAUUGAAAAGAUGGAAUGCAGGAAGUCGACCCCAAGUAACAAAGGCCGCUCGUUCAUUUUUGAACCAACACCUAUUGUUGUCAUUUUUGAGAAAGUACAUAUGGUUCUCUUGUAUAUUUUGAUGAAGUUGCAGAGGAGAAUAGGUAGAGUGCCUGAAGUAGCAGGGGGAUCGUCGUUGGAUGUGUCUCUUAGUUGCCCUAAGUUGCAUAAAUUAGUUUUUAAUCUAGCCAUACCUAAUUUAUACAAGAAUCUCCGGUAGCUACGGGCACUGUCAGUGUCGCAUUUCCUCUCUUUUUCUCUUCCUCCGCCGCUCUUUUCGCCGUUUUCACAGGUCUUUUUCUGCAUAAAGCUGUGCUGGAUGAACCAGGAGAGAGAGUUGAGAUGUUGAAGAUGAAAAACAGUUCAAGUUAGCUAGGAAAAUUGAAUAAUAUUAUGAAAGUUGGUUGUAAUUUCAACUUCUUUUUUUUUUUUUUUCCUGACAUUAAUGAUAGUAUCUUUCUUUA